AUGACCAAGGUUUUUCUAACAGGUGCGAGUGGCUUCAUUGGAGCCCACAUUCUCAAUGAUCUCUUGAACCAUGGACACACGGUUGUUUUCGCCGUUCGGUCUACCAGUAGAGGCCAACAGAUCCUUGAUCGCCACGACCGCGAUGCCGCAAACAAGAGGGUGUCAUUUGUUGUCAUCGACGAUUUCGUCAAACAAGGUGCCUUCGAUCACGCUUUUCAGGCGAAUGCGCCAUUUGAUGCUGUCAUCCACACUGCCAGUCCUUACUUCUAUAACCCCUAUGACCCUGAGAAUGAAAUACUUCAGCCGGCCAUCCAAGGAACUAUCGGAAUCCUUCGUUCCGUGACUGAAUAUGCCCCCUCGGUGAAACGAUUCAUCAUCACGUCCUCGUUUGCAGCAAUGAUCAACUUCGAUAGUCAUCCAGCCACAUACUCGGAGAGCAUUUGGAAUCCAAUGACAUAUCAGGAUGCAUUGCGUCCGUCCGUCACCUAUCCAGCGAGCAAGAAGCUUGCUGAGAAGGCAGCAUGGGAUUUUAUGGAGAAGGAGAAGCCCCAUUUCUCCCUGACAACUUUCUGUCCUCCACUCGUCUUUGGUCCUGUUAUACACCACGUGGAAUCGCUGCGCGACAUCAAUACGUCGAACACUAGGAUACGGGAUAUCAUCCAAGGAGAAUACAAGGAUGCAAUUCCACCGACUAAUCUUUACUUAUGGGUUGAUGUUCGUGACUUAGCACGUGCUCACAUUCGGGCACUUACGGCAACGGGUACUGAGAAUGAGAGGUUCUUCGUCACUGCAGGACAUUAUGAUAACAAGCAGAUUGUCGACAUUAUCCGGGAAGAAUAUCCUCAUCUUUCUGUGGUCCUUCCUCCUAGAAAUCUUCCCGGAGAUUUACCGAAGGAUAUCUAUCAGUACGACAAUUCGAAAUCGGUAAAUGUCUUGGGCUUGAGAUAUCGCACUUUGCGGGAGUCUAUCAAGGACACUGUGGCAUCGUUGUUGAAGAUCAGGGAAUAG